ACCUGUAACCUUUGAACCCGCGGCGCUCCCACGUGGUUCCAUGGAGGCGAGCAGAAGAAACGUGCAGAGUGCUGGACAGAGAGUCGGGAUGAAGAAAACAGAGAAAACAGACAAAAAGAGGAGUAAACCGGACGAGGAGGAGGAGGAAGAUCAGCUCUUUGAUUUGAACAACAAAGCCGUGGAGGAAGAUGAAGAUGAUAAAGAUUUAUCUGACAGCGAGGACAGCGUCUACUCCGGACUGGAGGAUUCUGGGAGUGACUCUGAAGACGACGACGAUGACGAGGUAGUGGAGGAAGAAGAAGAAGAGGAGGAGGAAGAGAAGGACGGAUCAAAUGCAAAUGAGGAUGAAGAGGAGCAUAGCGAGCAGUCGACUGUAAAGAAGAGCAAAAAGAAGGAGGGAGCGGUGGUGGAAAAGGAAAUGAAGAAAGACGAUGAAUACGACCAUGACACUUCAGACGAGGAGGACAUCAGGAACACGGUGGGGAACAUCCCCAUGGAGUGGUACAAAGACUUCCCUCAUGUUGGCUACGAUUUAGACGGGAAGAAGAUCUUCAAGCCCAUCAGGAACAAGGACGAACUCGACGACUUCUUGGAGAAAAUGGAGAACCCGGACUACUGGAAAACGGUCCAUGACAAGAAGACGGCGAGUGACAUCGUGCUGUCGGAUGAGCAGAUAGAGCUGGUGAAGCGGCUGCAGAGAGGACAGUUUGGAGACGUUAACUUCAAUGAGUACGAGCCCACAGUGGAGUUCUUCAGCAAAGACGUGAUGAUCCAUCCCGUCACAAACAGACCCGCUGACAAGCGCAGCUUCAUCCCUUCGCUGAUCGAAAAGGAGAAGGUCUCGAAGCUGGUACACGCCAUCAAAAUGGGUUGGAUCAAACCUCGGCGGGUGGAGGACGACAGCAGGGGGCGCUUCUACGACCUGUGGGCCAGUGAGAGCUCUUCGUCUCUGGCCAAACACAAGAUGCACCUCCCCGCUCCCAAAAUCCCUCUGCCGGGUCACGAGGAGUCCUACAACCCCCCGCCAGAGUACAUGUUCACAGACGAGGAGAGAGCUCUCUGGGAGCAGCAGGAUCCGUCGGACAGGCGGCUGCCCUUCGUUCCCAGGAAGUAUCCCGGUCUCCGUCAGGUUCCAGCGUUCUCUCGGUUCAUCCAUGAGAGGUUCGAGCGCUGCCUCGACCUCUACCUGUGUCCCCGACAGAGGAAGAUGAGGGUGAACGUCAACCCAGAGGAUCUGAUUCCCAAACUCCCAAAACCAAAGGACCUGCAGCCGUUCCCGACGACCCAGUCUCUGGUGUAUCGAGGUCACAGCGGUCUGGUUCGAUCCAUCAGCGUGUCUCCAUCAGGACAGUGGCUUGUUUCAGGAAGUGACGACGGUUCAGUCAGACUCUGGGAGGUGUGCUCGUCCCGCUGCAUGAAGACGGUCCAGGUGGGCGGGGCCGUGAAGAGCGUCGCGUGGAACCCGAACCCUUCGCUCUGUCUGGUGGCUGUAGCUGUGGACUCUGUGGUGUUGAUCCUGUCUCCAGCUCUGGCUGAUAAACAGGUCGUCUCUUCGUCAGAGAGGGUUCUCACUGCGAAGGAGGAGGAGGAGGGCCCCUCUGAAGGCUCCCAGCCUGUUGUUUGGUCAGAAACCGAAGGGGAGGAGCUAAAUCAGGGCAUCCGUCUCAAAAUCCAACAUCCCAAACCUGUCCACCAGGUGACGUGGCACAGUAAAGGAGACUACCUGGCCUCUGUGAUGCCGGAGCAUUCCAGCCACCUGCAGGUGUUCAUCCACCAGCUGAGCCGCCGACGGAGCCAGAAUCCCUUCAGGAGGAACAAAGGCCUGGUGCAGGCAGUGGCCUUUCACCCCAUUAGGCCCUACUUCUUUGUGGCCACGCAGCGUUCGGUCAGGAUCUACAACCUGGUCAAGCAGGAAAUGACCAAAAAGCUCCAAGCCAACUCCAAGUGGAUCUCCAGUAUAGCCGUGCACUCCGGAGGGGAUCAUGUGAUCUGUGGGAGCUACGACUGCAAGCUGAGCUGGUUCGACCUCGACCUUUCAACAAAACCUUACAAGAUGCUACGACACCAUAAGAAGGCGGUGAGGAGUGUGGCCUAUCACAGAGGUUACCCACUGUUUGCCUCCGCAUCCGACGACGGAUCAGUGAUCGUCUGUCACGGCACCGUUUACAACGACCUCCUGCAGAAUCCGCUGAUCGUUCCAGUCAAAGUUCUCAGAGGUCACGCCAUCACUCAUGACCUCGGCGUCCUGGACGUGACCUUUCACCCCACGCAGCCCUGGGUGUUCUCGUCCGGCGCCGACGCCACCAUCAGACUCUUCACCUGAGAAGCCGCUCAACUCUCUGACACCCUCUGUGUGUGUGUGUGUUACACAGGAUAACACAGGAUGUUAUUUCCUUUAGUUUUUAUCUGUUUGUACUCAAUAAAAUGCAACAUUCUUACUGUC